GAUGAUCACUUUAAUUUAAAUAAGUAGAACUAUUUAAUAAGUAGAACUAUUUAAUAAGUAGAACUAUUUAAUACUCUCUCUCUUUCACUCUCUCUCUCUCCUUCUCUUCAUCUGUCACUCUCUCUCUCUCUCUCUCUCUCUCUCUCUGUGCUCCGAUACUGAACUGCUGGCUUUCACUAGCAUUAGCAACAUUAGCAUCAUCACUCCACUGAUAUACUGAAGAUGGGUUUGUGUUUGUUUUAAAAAGAAACGAUGAUCACUUUAAUUUAAAUAAGUAGAACUAUUUAAUAAGUAGAACUAUUUAAUACUCUCUCUCUUUCACUCUCUCUCUCUCCUUCUCUUCAUCUGUCACUCUCUCUCUCUCUCUCUCUCUCUCUCUUUCUCUCUCUGUCUUAGUAAAAAAACUCUUCCUUUGUAAAAAUCUGUCAGUUAAUUUUUACAUUUUUUGGUCAAACUCUCAGUGAAUCCUGGCUGAACACUGAGUGUGAGUCUGGGAACACACACACACACACACACACACCUAGGUGCGAUUUCUCCAGUUCCACAGUUCCACCUACAGGUAUAUUUUGAAGAGGAAGCCCAGAGAGCUCUUGUGUUGUGUAGGAGGAUGAUGAAGGAGUGUUAGAUGACUGUGAUGUUUAAAGUGCUCCCCCUGGAGGUGAGGGGUAUGUACAAACUACAUGUGCUGUAUAAAAUACUUACAGCUAAUACACACAGCUUUAUAGAAGAGAGAGAGAGAGAGUGAGAGAGAGAGAGAGAGAGAGAUACAGGGAGAAAGAAAGAGAGAGAGAGAGAGAUGCAGAAUGAGUGAGAGAGAGAGAGAGAGAGAGAGAGUGCAGAGACAGACAGAAAAUAAACAGAAUCAGGUCACAUGAUUGGGGAACCUCUGUUAGCCGAUUAGUUUGUCCUGAAAGGUCAUCACCUUUCCUUUCUAACACACAUACACACACACACACACUCUCUCUCUCUCUCUCUCUCUCUCUGUUAGAAAUCCUCUGUAAUCCAUCCUCACCUGCAUACCGUCUCUUCGUCUCAGUGUGAAGCUGCAGGAUGAAGAGCCGCUCGCCUUCAGCGUGGAUUCCCGAGUGUGUUUGAAACUGUGUGUGUGUGUCUGUGUGUGUGUGAUGUGUGUGAGUGUGUGUGGGACUCAGUGAAGGAUGCGGUGUAUCCUGGCGUUUCAGGUGCUGCUGUGCUGUUGGAGCGUAGCGCAGCCUUUUUGCCCCUCACAGUGCACCUGUGUGUUCCACGGGACCAGGACGGUGCUGUGUAACGACCCCGACACGUCCGAGAUCCCCGUCAAUGUCCCUUUGGACACGGUGAAGCUGCGUGUGGAGAAAACAGCGGUGCGUCAAGUAAAAAAUGAGGCGUUUUACUACCUGACCGAUCUUAGGUAUCUGUGGCUCACCUACAACUCCAUCAGCUCUGUGGAUCUUUCCAGCUUCUACAACCUGAACGUCCUGCAUGAGCUCCGUUUGGAUGGAAACCAGAUCUCCAUGUUCCCCUGGGAGGCCCUCAGAGAAAUGCCUGUUCUCAGGACGUUGGAUCUGCACAAUAAUCGAAUAACAAGCAUUCCUGUAGAAGCUGCAGCUUACCUGGUGAACAUCACCUACCUGGACAUCUCCAGCAAUAAGCUAAUCACCUUACCCUCAGACCUUCUGGACAUCUGGAGUCCCUUUUCCAGAGUGAUUCCCACAGGCAGUUCCUCUCAGAAGAUCAUACUGGGACUCCAGGACAACAUGUGGUACUGCGACUGCCACAUGUCCAAACUCAUCGAGAUGUCCAAGAUGGCCGAGGCUCCUGUGGUGCUGAUGGACCCAUUGGUGACCUGCAGUGGCCCGGAGAACCUGGCUGGGGUUCUGUUUAAACGAGCAGAACUGGAUCAAUGCGUUAAACCGAUAGUGAUGACAUCAGCCACGAAGAUCAUGUCUUCCCUCGGCAGUAACGUGCUCCUGCGCUGUGACGCUACGGGAUAUCCAACCCCGACCCUGCUGUGGAGCAGAGAGGAGGGGUCAGCGCUCAGUAACCCUGUUGUUCAGGAAUCCCCAGGUGAAGGUGUUCGCUGGUCUAUCCUGAGUCUGCAGGAAAUUGUCUUGAAGGACACUGGUGUUUACCGCUGCAAGGCAAAGAACCUUGCUGGAAGUGCAGAAGCCUCCAUCACGCUAUCGUUAGCUGGGAUGGACCUCACGACUCCAUCUCUUACCUUCAACAGGACUGUUCCUGCUGUUCCAGAGGCCGUGAUUUCCCUUUCUGCCACCACCACCACCACCACGUCUAAACCAUCUCUGACUACACUGCAAUCUAUAGCUAACAAGCUAAACUUAGGCCCAGGUGGAGGCAUCCAGAGAUCUCCACCUGCUGGAAAUACAUCCAAGAUGGAGCAAAGCAAAAAUGGCCUCAAGGAUAUUCGUAAGAAGGGUAGCUCAUACUUCAGAGAUGUAGAGGUGGUUGAGGAAACAGGAGACAGUGCAGUGGUGCUGUGGAUGAGUGAGGGCUUUCCCACUGAACUGCCCCUAUCAGUGGUAUACUUUCCAUACGAUGCAGAGGAGAUAAAAGAGACGGUGGACACUGAAGUUGGAAAUGGUAAACUUCUUCUCGAGAACCUGUUUCCCAACCAGAUGUACACAGUCUGUUUGGUUCCCAAAGGAGGGAAAGAGCAAUGUGUGAACUUUAGCACCUUGGAUACCGUUCUGGAUGUUGAACCAAACAGGUGGCUGCUGAUCAUCUGUGGAAUUGCUUGUGUUUUUGCUCUUCCUCUCAUUGUUCUCCUUCUCUACAAGAUCUCGUUGCUGUACUGUAAAAAGAGCAGCAGCAGGAAAAACCAAAUGGACAAUGAUCUUUCCAAAGAGACCUACGUGAAAUUUGAGACUCUGGCGAUGCAGCAGAGGACGCUGAAUGGACAGGCGAGCGAUCUCUGGACACGACGGCUGACCCAGGAGUCAGAGAGGAUGCUCCUUUGCUCACGUUCAAGUAUAGACUCACAAAUGACCUACAAAAGUGACAAUUCACGAUUCGAGUACCUUUGCUAGCUCCUUGUGAGUGUGUAGCAGUGUAGCACUAGGGGUUUUUGUGGUAAUUCUGUUCUUUUUAUGUGUAGUCACAUCACACCUCCCAGAAGAUCUCCCAACACUGUCCUGUAGAAUGGUUUUUUUCUUAAUUUACAUAUUGAAACAGAAAUAGUUAAAUCAACACAGUAGACUCUCCACAGCUAUUGGACUGAUGCGACAUUUUCCUCUACCUCACUGACAGCAAGCAUCUGCCAUUGGUAGUGAGCUGCUUAUAUGCAAUGAGAUAAAAAGUCCACCAGAUGAGUUCCUCAGGUUCCCUCUAGAGGAGCCUUUAUAUCUCCAUAGAAGGAAAUAUCACUAUUACUGUUUAUUCCAGGUAAAAAGCAUUUAGAAAGAUAAAUAAGUGUACUGAUCCAGAGAGCCUUUAAAGAACUGUUUUAGUUCUAACAUGUGUCCUAUCAGAAAGCUCCAAGUACAACUCUAAGGAGGCUAUAGCCCUUUAAAGAACCCUUGAAGAACCUUUUUAAUAAACCAAAAUUUUUUUAAUUUCUCAUCAGUUAUAAGGACUAUUAUAAAGAAAAUAACUAGAAAAUAAUUAGCAGGGUUCCUUAAGGGUUCUUAACAUCUAUGAAAGGGUUCCACAGCAGAGAUAAUUCCAAACAAAUCUACUUCAGAAAGCUUAGAAAGUAUAAAUGUUCACAGAACCUAUGAAGAACACGUUUUUUAAAGAGUGUAGGUUUCUAAAGGGGUUCUAUUAGAAAGCAUUUCUAGGAAAGAAACCCAAGUCCUAUCAGAAAUGGUUCCAAGAAGAAACUUUUUAGAAGGAAAUAUUCUUAUAUAUCCAAAGUAUCAUUAAAGAGCCUUCGCAGAACCGCUUUUUCUAAGAAUGGAAUCAUUUCUGGUAAGGAAACACUGAGGUUCUGCAUAUUAACCUUAAAGGUUCAGUCAAAGAGACAGUCAAAGUCAAAGGUUCAGUCAAAAGUUCCAACUGUUUAUAAUUUAUUUAUUUAUUUAUUUGUAAUGUAUUUAACUCUUUUUUAAUGGUAUGCUUUAAUGCUUUACACUUACUAGUUCAUUUAUAGAUGUGUGCAAAUUUUUUUAACAGCUAGAUGAAAUGCUAAUGUGGAUCUCUGCUACUUCAUGUGAUGUACUUAUAUACCACAAGUGUGUGAGUUUAGCUAAACUGUGUUUUUGUGGGUUUUAAUUCUUUGGCAUUUAAUUAACUGAAAAAACUGAAACUGAAAAAAAGUAAUA